UGCCUCAUCCGUCCGCUCUCCUCCUUCCCUCUUUCGGUAUCUCUCUUUCUCUCUACCCUCUCGCUCCCAGAUGACUGUUGGGCCGCCGCCGCCCUAGACCAGGUUCUGAGGCUUGCGUUGGUCUCUUCGCCGGCGACGAGCACCCACCAGGUCUGACAGUUCAAAAGAGGUUCCCUCCUGGGAAAGGUCCUCAUCAUGGAUCUAUCCCAUGCGAUGACUUCAUCCAGUGACGAUGAAACCAGGGCACUUAGUACAUUGCUUGAUGUGUUCAGCUGUGCCUUUUCACUUGAUGAUAUAGCUGACGCAUAUAUCAAAGCAAAUGGCGAUGUCAACAAAGCUGGAGAUUUCUUAACCGACCUUCAACUUACGUUACCUCAUAUCAAUGAUGUUAGGUCAAGUGUCGAGACUAACCUUUCCCAUACUGACAAGGCAGUUCAAGAAAACUGUACGGACAAUUCAAGCCGACCAAAAACUCUUCCCUGGACUGAGCAGGCAGUUGAAGAAAAGCAUAUCGAGAAUUCAGAUCAAACAAAAAUGCCUGAAAAGUUGCACAAGUCUAGUGCUGCAUUUGGUACUGUCUCCAGCAUGUUAGGAAAAGAACCCACCAGGGCUGCAACAACAGUGAGUAGAGCAUCAAGAAAAGACAAACCUCUUAGGGUUGAACUGCCAGAGUACAUGCGGGAUGAUUUUAAGAUGAAAUCUGAUGAAUCUGACUCUGCACCGAGGAGAGAGACUCUGAAUGACAGAGAUGUUGAGGAGUUUUUAUUUUGCAUGCUUGGUGAAGGAUUUAAGCUCAGUAUGGAAUUGAUCCGUGAAGUUCUAGGCAGCUGUGGGUAUGAUAUUAAGAAGAGCAUGGAGGAAUUGAUGUCAUUUUAUGAAAAAGAUCCAGACAAAAAGGCAGAAGGCAAACAUAACACAAUAAAAGAUGUGGCAGUAGAAUGUUCUGUUCCAAAGGGAAGAUGCUUAGGCUCGCAGUCAAUAGUGGGAAUGCAGAGGUCAAAGCCAAAGAUUUCUCCAGGAGAGGUGAUAGAAGCAAUCUUCACUGUACCUGAUCGAUUGGAGGAGGAGCCAAAAUUAAAACGAUAUGAAUUGGGCGCAAAUCGAAACCGAGUCCCAUAUCAGAAACCAGUCCUGAAACCUCUUGAGGACAUUUCAACAUAUUCUACUGAGAUUCCUGUCAAAAUUAUCGUAGGUAGCAAAGCAUCAUCCGUGAAUGAGGAGGAAUACCAGAACUACCGCAGGGCUGCAAAGCAGCACUGGGAUAUGAUGAAGCAGUACUAUGAGAAGGCUGCUGAUGCUUUUAGGGAGGGUAACCAGAAAGAAGUUGAUUAUCUUAUACAGGAAGGCAAGCGCUGUUAUCAGAUGGCUCGAUUGGCUGAUGAGAAGUCUGCUGGGGAGAUUAUCAAGCCCAAGGAAACAGAGUCAAAAAAUGAGUUUUGUCUUGAUCUGCGCAAACAAGAUGCAGCAAAUGUAUCUAAUCUCUUGAGACUCCAUCUUAAACAGUUGGCAAACAUUCCAUCUUUUGAUUACUUGAAAGUUAUCAUUGGUGUUGAUGACGGCAGUUUCAAGAUGGGACAAAAAAGAAGAAAGGUGAUGAAGUAUGUGGAAAAGAAUUCAUUUCAGUGGACUGAAGAAGAGCCCCUCUCUGGGACCAUCCUCAUCCGGAUUAAUAAUCAGGUGGAAAAUCAGCAGGGAUAGGUUUAUGUAUACAAAGGUGGGGAUGAUCAUAGAUCGUAAUAUAAUACAUCUAAGUGCCGUUUUGAAACAAGGUGCUGUUGUUCGUUUGGCAAAUGGAGUCAUGUAAGCUGCCAUGAAUGGCAUUCCUUUUGUGCACACACUGCAGACCUUUCGAGUUAGUUAGUUGCUGGUGACCACAGAGAUAGAGGGAACCCAGGUGAUCAAAGGGUUGAAAUGAUAGCGUGACAGUUAGAUACUGAAAACAUUCUUUUGACGCUCUAUGUUACCAGUAGCUUAUGUGUUACUGUUUGCCAAUAUAUGUGGACAAUUCUUUC